UGUCAUCUGACUGGGGGUUGGGUGGGUAGCGACGCGGAGGGACGGUGCUCGCGCGGGCCCCGGCCGCUAUACCUUCGGCCGCUCCUCUCCAUGCGCGCGGAGUUUCUCUUACGGUUGAACUUCGCUUGCUUUCUGGCGGCCGCUACCCUUGUAGCAGCUGCUUGACUCACAGACUUUGACACAAGCCAGAUGGCUGCGAUUGGUAGGCGCACAGGCUGCCUGGUACUGCAGUUGAUGAAACAGAAUAGGAAGACGUUUUAUGAUCAGCUGCGGGAGCACAAUAAGACUGCAGCUUUGCUAGGUUCAUGUAGAGAUAAAAAGAACUGUAAGGUGAUCUUUUCUCAGCAGGAACUGAGGAAGCGAUUGACACCUUUGCAGUACCAUGUUACUCAGGAGAAAGGGACAGAAAGUGCCUUUGAGGGAGAAUAUACACAUCACAAAGCUCAUGGAAUAUACACAUGUGUUGUUUGUGGAACUCCUUUAUUCAAAUCAGAAAUGAAAUUUGACUCCAAUUCAGGUUGGCCUUCAUUCUGUGAUGUGAUCACUUCUGACACAAUCACAUUCACUGAUGACUACUCCUAUGGGAUGCACAGGGUUGAGACAAGCUGCAGUCAGUGUGGUGCUCACCUUGGGCAUAUUUUUGAUGAUGGACCUCGUCCAACUGGUAAACGGUAUUGCAUAAAUUCAGCUUCAUUGUCUUUUGAGUCAGCAGACAAGAACCAUGCUGGAGGAGGAGGAAGCACUAGUUCUACUUCUGCCCAAGAGGACAAGACGGAGCUGUAGUAGAAGAUUGUUUCUUAGCUUACGUUGUAUUACAUGACUUACUUAAUGAGGAAUGUUAUUCUAAAUUGCCUUCUAUAUCUUGUAUGUUUUUAAAGAAACUUGUAAAGAUAUUCUGCACUAUCAGUCUUUUUCUGAAUCAAAAUGAGGCCCUGUGUGCCAAUGUAUUUUUGUUAUAGAAUUGCACCUUUGGGAAUUCCCACAACAAAAGAAACUUUGUCGUUACGGGUUGUUAGUGUCCAUGUACUGCUUUUGUUACGAGGUUUGAAUAAUAUCCCUCCUUGUUGUGAGGGAUACCUUAGUACUUCACUUAUUUUGGUCAAAUUUACAAGACUCUGGUUAUUUGUAGUCUCCUACUUUCUGUAAGAACCACACUCUUCCAUAAUGGAGGUUGGGUGGUAGAUUGUAUCUACCCCAUCCUUUGGCUCAGUUUUCUGCCAAAAUCCCAAAACUAUACUUAUAGUUAAAUAUAUGGGUCAGGAUCCAAACCAAAUCAUGACUAAGCUCCAUUGAAAUAAAUGAGACAUGACUAACAUAAAUCCUAUUAAUUGUAAUAGGACUUGGUCAUGACUAAUUUAGUCUGGAUUCUGCCUGUAAUAUUUCUUAAUCACCUUUUUCUCCCCUUAGUCACAUUGAGGCUACUAUAAAAAUGAUGAGCUCACUUGUGUUAAGGUCCUCUAGAGCAGAUAGCAGACCUUUUUUGUGUGAGACUAUACAUUUCCAUUGCAACUGUUUAACUUACAACCGGCAUAUAAAUGGAUAUGAAGAGAGAUCUGUUUAUUUUAGGCAGCAGCAAACUAGAGCUUUAGCAACCAGGCUUUUCUGACAGAAGUGGAAGGUGGCUAGUUGAAGGUUGGUUGUUUUGCCUUGCCUCUAAUGAGUCGAUUAAAAAAACCCGGGGUGGUGGUGGGGAGGAUAUCAACAUAGUCAAAGAGGAAUCACAGGGGAGUAUGAAUUAGCUUCUUUUUGUGGGCCUUCUCUUGGAGCAUGCAGUAAACAACUGGUAUCACAGCCCUGAUUGUGUUGCUAAUUAGAUCUUUUGAGCUUUUUUCAGUGAAACUGGUACCUCAUUUAAGAAGUACUAACCUUGUUGCAAUCUCCCAUACAGUAUCUGGGCAGGCAUUACCAGGGAUGUUGUGCCUUUUUCUUUCAAACAUCAUGGCUAAUCUGCCAUUCCAAUAAUCACCAAGCUGCUGAACUUACUCAGGUGCAAAUUUAUGAGUAGGCACAGCAAUAUGCUGCUUGAAAAACAAGCAUGCAGGGCCAAACUAGGCAUUCACAAGAACACAUUAUUAAAAGAGGUUUCCAAGCAGAAGUGAACAACCACUUUGGGGGCAAAUAGUAUGAGGGGAUGGUUUUCAGCGGGGAAAAUAGUGUGUGGGGAGAUAAACCCUUUCCAUGCAUCAUCUUCCUGAUCAGGACUGGGGACCUGGAAGCUGUUUUAUGGAUGAAUAUAUAUAUAUGCUCCCAGUUGGAACCACACCUAUUAACAACAGAUUCCUGCAAUUGUCUACUUAGCCCUAAGCCUCUCCUAUAUUACAACUUUUAAGCUUCUACAUGUGCAGUCUUCUUUGUGCACAUGUACUGCAAAUCACAAAAAGUAUUUCUAGAACAAAGAGGAUGAUCCAAAACAAUGCAUAUAGAAAGAUAGAAGAGGAAACUGAGAACAUGUUUUAAUUUCAACGAAUCCAGUGUCUUUAGUGAGUCUUGCAAGGAAACGACUUCUUUCUUGAUGCUGAAAUUUCCCCUUCGCAUUGCAAGUGGAUUGGCACAUCAGCUCUGAGCAUUGCUUUCAAGUGUACAUAUGCUUAUAAUUGAGAAUAGGAGCAUGUCCUAAACUAGAGUUUUUGCCAUGGAAUAUUUAAUACAGUAUCAUACUGUAUGAUACUCAGCAUACUACCUGAGGUUGCUACUGAAGCCCUAUACAAUAGGCCAGAAUUACUACCUUUUAAGCCUUACAUGCAAAGAGGAAAAAAACCUGUAUGCUAAUAAAUAACAAAUAUAGGACUUCAGAACACAACUAUAUAGUAUAUAUAGGAGAAUAAUUACUGUUAACAUUGCUGUUCUUUGCAAUUUUCUUUUUGGUUUGUACAGUCCUUAGUGUAUAAUGGCAGAACAGUUUCUAUGCGUUCUGCCAUUCUUUUGCAGAAGGGCUUUUCUUAUUGCUUGCCUUUGUUGCAAGAAAAGUGAGUUUUCUCCUAUCACAUUUUCUAACAUAAAUCUCUAAUAUGCAACAUCAAUAAAAAUGUGAGGCAUAUAUGCAGUUACUUUUCAAACUGCUGUCGUAGUUAAGGGUUAUCGAGUUUCAGCAUAUUUCUGUCUUGCAUUAAAGAAAUAUAUUACUAAAGCUUCAAUGAGCAAUAAUGUCAGCUGUCCAUCGGUAGAUUUAUAUUUGCAGGAUAUGGAAUGCAAUGAACCAAGUCAAUAUGGCUAGGUGUAUGUGAUCUGUGGGAGUUACACCAUUAACAUAGAAAAGCCAUUGUUCUUUCUCUGCACCGCAACAGUGAGCAGUGUUUUUCGCUAUUAAUGCCGAGAGAGGAUGCAAGCAUGACUGGUACUGAAAAGCCUAAACAUAGGCCAUUUUGUUUAUGGUCUUGACUGGGUUUCUUGGAAGUUGAGCACAAUAUAUAGCUGGGGAGCCUAUUGUUGUGUAUCCCUGUUGUUUGUACUGUGGGGAUGUGUGUAUGUGUGUAUACAUAUGUACACACUUAAAGGGAUAAAUAAAGCAAUUAUUUUAGUAUUCAAAACCAUUCUAAAUAUGUGAACUGUUCCUCAGAAUUGUUCUUUGCUUUUAAGAUAUCAGUGUUGGAUUUUUCAAUAUCUUUUAAGAUAUUUCUUGUACACAGAUAUACAAUAAAUUAAUUUAUAAAUAAA